AUGACUGAAAAGAAACAAAUGCAAAACUUACAAGAUUGUUGCAUUAAAUUAUAUACCAAAGAUUCUUUUCUAUUUCAUAUCGUUAAUAAUGCAUUACGUGACGAUGAUGGAACGAAACUUGAUACGCUAGGUCCUUAUGGUUAUCUUCUAUAUAAUUAUAUUGGCCGUCAUACAAAACGUCAUUGUUGUCUACUAAUAUUUUACAGAAAUAAAUCUCGUUCAAUAACCGUCUAUCGUGGUGAUCAUGUUUCGGAUAAAUUAAUUGCAGAAUAUCGUCAAGGAACUGAUCGAAAAGAAAUAUAUUUCAAAUGGAAUUUAAUCGUUUCCACGUCAUUUGAUCGUACUGUUGCCCAAGUGUUUUCAAUAAAUAUUUUGUAUGUCAUCAAAAUUGAACGUUAUUCCUGCAUAUAUCAAUAUAUAAUUUUAAAAGAAAAUACAUAUUUUCAGGAUGAACGAGAAGUCUUAUUAAGAGCUGGAAUACGUUUUCGAAUUAUUAAAGUAGAAUUUGAUAUUAUUUCUGGGCGACAUGAAAUUCAUACAAAAAUUAUCCCUUUGUAUUUGUCCAAUCUGUUAUGA